AUGGACAUCGAUCCCACCAGAAGAAACAAGAAACCGCGCCUCUUGCUAGAGUCGGAGCGCGAGCGGCUGGAUGAGUUCAUAGAUUCCAUUCACUACUCGGCAAGGUAUUCCGACGACAAAUUCGAGUAUCGCCACGUGCAGCUGCCGAAGAACAUGCUGAAGAAGAUCCCCCAAGAUUACUUUGACAGUGCGAAGGGAACAUUGAAGCUCCUGUGGGAGGAAGAAUGGCGAGCGCUGGGCAUCACACAGAGUCUGGGCUGGGAGCACUAUGAGGUGCACGAACCGGAGCCUCAUAUCCUGCUAUUCAAGCGUCCCCUCAACUACCAGCCUCCUCUGGCGCAAUAA